AUGACCACUCUUAUCGACCUAGGCCUCUCCACGGCUCUUAUUUUGAUUGACAACCAAGCGGGCUUUACAAACCCGGCCACCAUUUCUCAUUGGGGUACUAGUCGUUCCAACCCUCUCUAUGAAGCGAAUCUCCAAGCCCUCCUUUCCGCCUUUCGGACAGCACGUUCCUCGUCUUCUACGCCACUGGAAGUGAUACAUGUUUUCCAUUCCUCUGAUUCUCCAUCAUCUCCAUUUCAUUCCUCGCAUCCAUCGGGAGGAAUCAAACCGCUGGAAUUCUCAAAACCGGCAGCGGAUGGUUCGGAACCUGUGUUCUGGAAGAAUGUCAAUUCCUCAUUCAUCGGUACUGGCCUUGAAUCUUAUUUGCGGCGCAAAGAAAUUCGACAAAUUAUCAUUGCUGGCUUGACCACCGAUCAUUGCGUUUCGACAACAGUCCGGAUGGCUGCCAACCUAGGCGUUGUUGAUCGGUUUCUAGACGAUGAACCCCUCCGAUUUAGAGCAGAUGGUACCCGAGAGAAUGAAGUCCGUGUUGAGAAAGGACGUAUUAUUCUAGUUGACGAUGCCACUGCGACCUUUGGUAAGGCCGGAAUAGAUCCAGAAACAAUUCAUAAGGUUUCAAUUGCCAGCCUUGAUGGUGAAUUUGCUGAUGUGCUUGGGACUAAGGAAGUUGUGGAGGCCCUGGGCACAAUCCACAACUGA